AUGUCUUCUUCCGUCGAUGAAGAAGCCACCAUCUCCAUUCCCAGUCUCGCCUUCGUCGCCGUGCUGGGCUACUUCAUCUACCGCUACUUUUUCUCCUCUCCAAGAUCUAGCGCGACCGCUGGUCAAACAUCAUCGUCUCGAAACAAUGGUCUCCGGUUUACGCCCGCGCAGGUCGAUCAGAUAGCGCAGAUGUUUCCGCAACUCAAUCGUCGAGAUAUCAUGUGGGAUUUGCAUCGGAAUAGGGGCAGUGUGCAGGCAACCACCGAAAGAGUGCUGAUGGGACGAGGUCUUGAUCCUGCACCACCUUCUUUUCAACCGCCGACUUCAUUUCUGACUGCCUCUGCUGAAUCAACGAUGUCGAGCGCAUCUACAACCUCGACAAAGCCCCCGCCUCCGGAUUUAAUCACACGAUACAAUCUGCAAGCCCGGAUCAAUUCGAAAGGGAAAGAGAAGGAGGAAGAAUCGCCGCCACCGGGAUGGGCCAGCAGCAAAGAUGCCCGCCAAAAGAUGCUGCAAAGAAGGAGAGACGAGAUGAUUCUGGCAGCACGGAGGAAACUGCAGGAAAUGGAGGCAGAAAAUGAAGCUCCUCCACCGUCGUGA